AUGCAGCCGUCGACGUGCUACACACUUCAUGACGCCUACGAUCAGCAAGCUGCCUCGACGCCAGACGCCAUCGCGGUUGUCGGCUGGGGUCGGUGCCGUUUCCAGCUGACCUAUGGCGAGGUUUCGGCGAAGUCGAAAGCACUGGCUUCCACACUGUCCAAGAUUCGACAUAGAGAGGAGAGUGGUGGUGCUGCCUCGGUGAACUCGACGGUAGUCGCCAUCCACCACUCACGGGAG